GUGAAGUCCCUUGAAAACCUCUUACAUUCCCAUAGUCAUCUUAUCCUUGUGCAGAGAGAGAGAGAGAGUUGGUCAAUUCAUAUCCAUCCUCAUAUUAUGUUUCUUUGCAUAUUCUCCCUUAUCAUCUUUCCUUUCAUCGCCUCCAGAUUUUAGAUUAUAAGAUUAUUACACCUUUAUUUAUUUUCCCUCCUUGCCCAUAGUCUUUGACACACACACACAACACUUUUCCCAUCCUCUAGAAUCUUCCUUCUCUAUAUAGAUAGAUAGAUAGAUAGUUAUGGCUUCUCCGAUUAGCGGAGGCUAUUCUGGCUCUGGCUCUGAGGGAGAUCCCCAGCAGCAUACAAUGGAUCAAAGGAAGAGGAAGAGAAUGCAGUCGAAUCGGGAAUCGGCGCGGAGAUCGAGGAUGAGGAAGCAGCAGCAUCUUGAUAGCCUGAUUUCCCAGACUGAUGAGCUGAAGAAGGAGAACAGCCAGAUCAGCACAAGCAUAGGGAUCACCACAGAGCUUUAUCUCAACAUAGAAUCUGAGAAUGCAAUCUUGAGGGCUCAGAUGGCUGAACUUUCCAACAGGUUGCAUUCUCUCAAUGAUAUCAUCAGUUACAUCAACUCUGUGUCUAGCAGCACCGGCAACCACCACUUUCUUCAUGCUCAUGAGGCUCAGGAGACUCUUUUCAAUGAUUGUGGCUUCAUGGACCCUUUCCACUCUCUGGCUGCUAAUCAACCAAUCAUGGACAUGCUCAUGUAUUGAAUGACUCAUUCAUUCUUCAAAUUGAAUCAUCUGUUAAGAGAUGUGUGUGUUUUUUUACUUUUCUUUUCCUUUUCUUGUUUCUUGUUUUUCUUGUAAUGUUAAUCAUUAGUAUCAGUUAUUUCAUUUGUUGUAUCAAACAAUAUUGAUUAAGGGCUCUGUAUAUUUUGAGAAGGGGAGUUUCAUCUCUUCUCUUUCUAUUUUUCUUAAGAAUAAAUUACAAUUUC